CACUACAGCACAGCUAACUGGGACUGUCAAGAGGAUCGGAGGCAAAUACCUGGGUGUGCUCAAAUAAAAGGUUAAAACACUGAAUCCCGCUGAGAUAUGGAGGGGAAGGAACAUAUUUAGCAAAGUAAAGGGCAGUUGUGGUUGUUAAAUAAGUGUUUCUUGAUAAUUCCUCAUUUUGAAAACAAAAGGCACAAAUUAUAGCAUAUUUCAUUUGUCAUGCUUCAGAUAAAGAGCAUGUUAAAGUCCAGUAAAAUGAGGAACUACAUGAUGUGUCCCUGAACACUCAAUGGGACGGUAAUAAUGUCUUCCUGACAAAGGAAAGGGGAGACCUAGUCAGUUGUCCAACUGAAUGGAUUCUACUGAAAUGUGUCUUCCACAUUUAACCCACCCCUGAUAAGCCACUAGUUUACUGUCCAACUGCAGUGUUACUUUAUUUUACAGCCUGAAUGUGAUUACCUUGGCUGAGUUUCAGUUGAAAUUUGCACUACAUCCAGAGUUGAAACAUAAAACCAAUGUUCUAUUUGGAUUUCACUAAGGUACCCUUUAUCUCAAUGCCUUGUAAAGUAAAAUAGUCAGAAUCACUUAAACAAGCACUAUACCUAAUAUUAAGCCUAUCAUAGUACAUUUAUAACUGUAGCCAAAUCCCAAUAAAAAAAUAGUAUUUGAUGUCCACUUUAACUGCAGCAAUGUUUUGAUGAUAUAUUCUACUGUAUGACUGUUUGUUGUUAACAUUGCAGUCCUGACUGACGGUGGUCUCUGUCUCCAGCUAACCCAGCUGUCCUCUCCCUCCUCUGUCACCAUACCACCUGUUCUCCCAUUCCCCCUUUCAUCACUCUCCUCCCUGUUUCAUUUCUCCCUUCUCUCUUUCUGUCUCUCUCCCUUUUUCCAAGAUAUGUUUUAUCUGUGUAACCAACCUUUGUUGUUUCACUUUGACUUAUAACAUACUGUAUAUUACUCUGUGAUUGACGUUGAAUAUAUGUUUAACUCUUUCACUGUUUUCUAAUCCCUUGUACAGAGGAAGGUAUAAUCUAUUCAUUUGUCCAUGAGUCUGGAUGCUGUGUAAACUCACAGAAUAGAUGAUAUGCUUUUCCCAUAGCCCAUCCCCUUUAGAACAAUAGACUUUUUACCUUCCUUAAUUCACUUGUUUUCAUACUUUCUUUUCAAAGACAUAAAUGUUUUCCUCUGAAACUCUAUUAGGAACAUUAUAAUGGAAUUACUUUUAUAAAUGCAUGGCCAGGGCCGGAUUACCGAACGGGCACGUGCCCCUAGGCCCCUGACCUCCAGGGGGCCCCUAACCCAUUUUUUUGUGUUAAAUUGGGGAUAGCAUACGAUAUCAAAAUGUGUGGAAUUGCAGGAAAUUUGGUUUAAAACUGCAACGUUUUUCUCCGCCUCAUGGCAAAAUGUAUAGAAUAACAGGAAAUUACCUUGAAAACGGCUAAACCUUCCCUCAGCCUCAUGGCAAAAUGUACAGAAUAACAGGAAAUGACCUUGAAAACGGCUAAACCUUCCCUCAGCCUCAUGGCAAAAUGUAUAGAAUAACAGGAAAUUACCUUGAAAACGGCUAAACCUUCCCUCUGCCUCAUGGCAAAAUGUGAACAAAAGCAUGAGAUGAGCUAUAAAACAGUACAUUCUUCUCUCUGCCUCAUGGAAAAAAGUGUAGAAUUGCAGGAAAUUAGCACCAAAAAAAUUUGGCAGCUCAUUGCAUUAUUUAAUAAUCAUGAUUUUAAUGCAGUUUGGGAGUACAAGCUAGACAGAUCUGGGCAGACAGGGGGCAGAGACCAGCAUCUUACCUCUGUGACACUGCAGAAAAAUGGGAAAAUGAGAUGGCAGUUGACAAUUUAAUGUAGAAUUAUGAAUCCCUCCUAUGGAAAUUUUUAAUUUUUCUCUUGUCGACUUUAUAUUCACUUUAAAGGACCUGUUCAACAAAGUUCUUGAUAUAGAUGUAUUACCCAUGGCCCUCGCCGACCACCAAGCCAUGCUUUGCAGACCCGCUAUCAGAAAUUACAAACAACUUUUAAUUUACAGGGCAAAUCCUUCUUCUUUUAUUUGCAACUUCGCUCUGCCAUGCGAUCAUAUGAUGUCCCCUGGGGCGAAACACGACCAACUCACCCCCUCCGCAACAUUUUUGAUAACCGGCCUCAACCCAGGGGACUGUUUUCUGAUCUACACUUGCAUUUCUUAAAAGCAUUUUAGAAGCCCCUGCCAAUUGACCUACUAUAGAAGAGAGACCUCUUACCUUCAUUCACUGAAAUUAACUGGUCUGUAAAUCUCUGUUCUAGAAAUCCUAAUUAUCAGAAUAUCCAUUUUAAUUUUGUCCACAGAUCUUAUCUUACCCUGCGCAGACUAUUCCAAAGGAAAAUUAAUCCAACCCCGAAAUGCUCUCUAUGCCUUCAAGGUGCUCCUGGUACCUGUGGGUCGGUGCAACUGUCCUGUGGUGGGAGGUGUGGGUGGGCACAUUGGUUUUCUCUCUGCAUCAUGGAAAAAUGUGUUGAAAUGUAGUAAGUUAGCUGAUUUCAGAAAUUGGGGCCCACGGAGGUCGAUGCCCCAGGGCCCCUACCCCUAAUGUGGUAGUCCGGCCCUGUGCAGGACCCCCUACCCCUAAUGUAUUUCCCAAUUAUUUUCUACAAAUAUUAGAGGUGUAUCUCUAUUGCCUGGAUUGACAUUUCUCUCAUUCAUCUAUUAAACUAAGGUUGUUUCCCUAUCCUGUCUCUCUCCAAGAAACAUCCUUCACUUUGCUCCACUGUGAUUGGCUCUGCUGCUCUGACCUAUCUUUCUUUCUGUCCCUGAAACUCCUCCCUCCUACUCCACUGUGAUUGGCUGUACUGCUCUUACCUGUCUCUCUCUCUGGCCGCAGUGAUCUAGACAGGGACUUUUGGAAUAACAAUGACAGCAGCAACGUGCAGCAGAGAUGGAGCUCCUACCCGCCCAAGGAGUUCCUCUUAAACAUGUCCCCCUAUGCCCCGUAUGGAGACCCUCGCCUCACGCCCAAGUGAGUCUCGGUCGCGGCUGGUAAGGGACCCCUCUCUCUGUGCAGGGCUGUAAUGAAGCGGGGGAGCCAAGCCUCUUACAUUGAGUUCUGUGCCCCCGUACCCCCAACCCUCCACAACCCCCUCAGAUUGACUCACUAGAACAACACUACAUUCUAGAAACAGACAAACAUUGUAGACAAAAUAUGCAUCCAAAGACACAGUACAUUGUCUACAUAGGAACAUGCCACCCUAGUCCACUUGCAUGCAUUUCUCUCUGCCGGACAUAGACUAAGAGCUACAUGGUACACAAAGUAUGUGCUUUAUAUUCUACACAAGUGGCUCAUUUGCCAAACAGUAACUCUGAACCCAAGGCAUAACCUAAUGCAUAUGUCCCGGUAAAGGUCAUUGCUAAGGUCAAAUAUAAUAGCCUAAAGGGGCCAAAUGGCAUGAGUAAUUGAUGUUAUCCACAUAACAUGCACAUCUUACAUACAGUAUAUUCUGUUGAUUGGCAUUAGUAAUUCCUUUUCCUGCAGCCAACAGGGUCUGAAAGGUAAAGCUAUUUAGUAUGCAUUGUUGACCAUGCAGAACUAGAUUGAGUUGUACAGGGCUGCUACUAGGAUGUUUCUACUUGCAUCUCCUUAGAGGUGACUGACAUCAGUAUAGGGAUGGCCAGGCUUGAGGUCAGCCUUGUCUCACUCCAGCUCUCUGAUCUUCAUCUCGGGUGCGUCGUAAAUUUGACCCUAUUCCCUCUGGUUAAAAUGAGUGCACUACAUAGGGAAUAGGGAGCCAUUUUGGGAUACAGAAGGGGGUUGUCUCUAGUGGUGUUACCAGGACAGAUCAAAUAUUAAUUGGAUGGAGACACUAAUAGAUGCAGAUCAUGUCUGAAGCUGCCCCCCACUAUAAACACUAUAAACACACUAUUCAUUAUACUAGCCUUUCCCAUCUGGACACAUGAAUAUGUAACAUGAAUCUUUAAAAUACACACAAUAUAGACAUACAUAAACUGAACAUACUGAAACUGAACAUACUGAAACUGAACAUACUGAAACUUUACAUACUGAAACUUUACAUACUGACACUUUACAUACUGAAACUGAACAUACAGAAACUGAACAUACUGAAACUUUACAUACUGAAACUGAACAUACUGAAACUUUACAUACUGAAACUGAACAUACUGAAACUGAACAUACAGAAACUUUUACCUAAAUGCCAACAUUUACCUAUAUACCAACCAACCAACAUUUGAAAAGCCCCCUAUUCCUUACAGCCCUGCCAGCCUCACUAACCCUUAACCUCUAACCCUUCACCUCCAGCCCAUGGAGUGCUACCAUGGAGACGGACAACCCUCAGACCAUCUGAGCAGAAACCCUUUAUAGAUCCCACUCACACAGCCCAAUCAAUACCCACCUUUCCACUGAAACCAACCAACUAACCAACCAUCCCCUAAUCUUAAGGGUAUUAACCGUAAACCCAUUGCCCUCGGUUUAAACCGUCCCCUCAGCUCUGUCAUUGAGGGUUGACCGUUGUUUUGGGCUUUUGAUCCUAGUUUUUGCUGUUGUCGUUUUUUUGUCACAUUCUAUAGGAGUCCUGUGUUGUUCCCUAAUCACCUCUCCUCACUCUCGUUGUGCCUUGUGGUUUUGUGCCACCACCACCACCACCACCACCUCCAACACCAGGUGCUAUAAGGCUGCCUCUCCUUAGUCAGACCACCUGAGCCCUCUAGACACACCAGUUACUCUUUAGCUGUACAGUACAGUACAUUAAUCACUAAAGGCUCUAAUGUCAUUGAUGUUUUUCCUGCACGGAGAAAGUCGUUUUUAAUUUAAUUUUAUAGCUUACCAGAGAAAGGAUAAAGGGGGGUUUAUUCUCAAUGGGUGUUUUGUCUUUAGAGUUCAUGGGCUGUGAUACAGUGAACCUGCUAGGAUCCAUUUAUAGCUUACCAGAGAAAGGAUAAAGGGGGGUUUAUUCUCAAUGGGUGUUUUGUCUUUAGAGUUCAUGGGCUGUGAUACAGUGAACCUGCUAGGAUCCAUUUAUAGCUUACCAGAGAAAGGAUAAAGGGGGGUUUAUUCUCAAUGGGUGUUUUGUCUUUAGAGUUCAUGGGCUGUGAUACAGUGAACCUGCUAGGAUCCAUUUAUAGCUUACCAGAGAAAGGAUAAAGGGGGGUUUAUUCUCAAUGGGUGUUUUGUCUUUAGAGUUCAUGGGCUGUGAUACAGUGAACCUGCUAGGAUCCAUUGAUCCCUUUUUGAGACCAGUCAAAUGUUUGCCCUUUUCACUGUCAUGUUACAAGGGAUGGGAAGCCCUGUGCAUAAGCUACAUAAAACUUACCUUAAAUCUCCCUAAAUGGUCAACUCCAUCCCUACCCCUACCCCAUGCUCACUGUAGAACUGUUGCAGGCUGGACGCACAUAUCCUCUGUCUAAAGUGUUUUCCCUCUCGGCCAGCAGCUGUGUUCUGACUGUGUCUGUGUGUCUCCACUGAGUGUAGUGACCCUGUAGUGAAACUGUGUCUCGUCUGUCUGCUGUUGUCUCUGUGACGUUGUCUAGGUUACGGCUGCUUGUGCUGCUCUGGGCUACGCGGGAGAGGAAUGAAGUGUGUACUCAACAGAUUCACAGUGCUGAUUAACUGCUAUACACUACAAUGUAUUACUAGAGGCUUUCGAGCCACUCACUCCAACAAUGUCAUUACACACACCAUAAUCUUUCAAUCAAGCCUAUCUGUUUCAUUUAACGUUGUAGUUCCUACUGUACUUGAUAACAAAGUAGAUCAACUGUUUAUUUUCAAAUGUAAAGAGGCCAUAGAUAGCUUACAUAAUUCAAUGAUCAUGGCCCCCUCAGUUUUAUUGCAAACACCAUGAAGUCCUUGAUAGAAUAAUCCAUUUGGUCAUGUAUAUUUAAUGUGCAGUAUAAAGUACAGCUGCAGAAUGGCCAGUCAGUCUAACUGACAGGUACUCAAAACACAGCCAGCAUCUGUCUGUCUCAGUCCCUCUGCACCCAAACACACACCACUCUGUCACUCUUCCCAUCUGGUUCAGACAGACAGACAGAUAUAUACAGUGAAUCUCAGCCCACCUCCCUCCUGCUAACCCAGCAGCAGCACAGCAUACUGACUUGCUGGAUCCUCGCGGCUGGCUGCUACUCCUCUGUAUUGGAAACCUGUAGCUGGAUUGAUAACACUACCCCCAUCCUAAUGCUAUUCUGCUGUGUGGUUCACUUUCCGGGUUGUUCUUCCUCACUGAUUCUACUGUUACUAUCCACCUCUCUCUCUCCUCCUUCUGUCUCUCUCUCCUUUAUGUCUGUGUCUGUCUGUCUGUCUAUCUGGUGCCCCCUGUCUCUCAGUGGGGUGGAGAAGGGGGAUGGGGGCGGGGCUGGGUGUGGGAGCGGGGCAGGUCCCAGUCGCAGUGACAGCGUGAGAAGCAUAGUGACGGGGCUGGGCCCUGGCAGCAAGGCUGGGCGCUGGCAGACGGUCCAGAGCCACAUGCACUCCGGAGGCCUGAGGCCCAGAAAUUUUGGGGACCCCUCCCUCUCAGCCGCCUCUACUCUGGAGCACAUUCCAUCCUCUGCAGCAGCCCGUCCUCGUCCCCUGGUGCGACAGCAGAGUCUCCAGCAGCCUCUCAGCCACCAGCCCCCUCCGGGCCCCAAUGACCCCCCAGCCACCUCCCAGAGCCUGGGCCAGCUGCACACAGGGCCCGGGGGCGGGGGGCACCGGGGAGGCCCGCGGGGAGUGCGGGGGAGUCCGGCGGGGACAGGUGCUUCCCGGUACAGAGGAGCAGGAGGAGGACGCUCCAGGUCCAACCCAGGCAGCUGGGACCACAUGAUGGGACAGAUCCGCAACAGAGGACUGGAUGUCAAGUCUUUCCUCGAGGGGAAGAUGGUUGUUCUGUCUCUAGCGAUCGGGCUGGCUGAACAAGAUGACUUCGCCAACCUCCCAGAUCUACAGGAAGCACCAGCGUGCCAAGAAAACUCAACUCCACCGGACAAAUCAAGCAGGAGCCUGGGUAAACCUGGGAGCCAGACCCCAGAUGAGGCAGGCCGCCUCGGGAACUCCUUUGUCACAGACCUGACCAACUCUGUCACCACCAGCGACAUUCACAUGCUCUCUCCAGGCUCAGAAGAGGACACAGAAGGGCCUGUGGUUGAGAAGCUGGGCCGGAUUCAGUUCAGUGUGGGCUACAGCUUCCAGGACUCCACCCUGACCGUCAAGAUCCUUACGGGCCAGGAGCUCCCCGCCAAGGACUUCUCUGGCACCUCAGACCCCUUCGUCAAACUCUACCUGCUGCCUGACAAGAAGCACAAGCUGGAGACCAAGGUCAAGAGGAAGAACCUCAAUCCUCGCUGGAACGAGACCUUCCUGUUUGAAGGGUUCCCCUAUGAGAAGGUGAUCCAGAGGACCCUCUAUAUGCAGGUGCUGGAUUACGAUCGCUUCAGCAGGAACGACCCCAUCGGGGAGGUGUCCAUUCCCCUUAACAAGGUGGACCUGGGCAACCAGCAGACCUACUGGAAGGAGCUGAAGCCCUGCAGCGACGGCAGCGGGAGUCGAGGAGACCUGCUGGUGUCACUGUGCUACAACCCUCAAGCCAACACCAUCACUGUGACCAUCAUCAAAGCCCGCAACCUGAAAGCCAUGGACAUUGGAGGCACCUCUGAUCCGUAUGUGAAGCUGUGGCUGAUGCACAAGGACAAGCGUGUGGAGAAGAAGAAGACGGUGACAAUGAAGUGCUGUCUGAACCCCGUGUUCAACGAGUCCUUCCCCUUCGACGUCCCCGCCCACGUGCUCCGAGAGACCACCAUCAUCAUCACCGUCAUGGACAAGGACAAGCUCAGUCGCAAUGACGUCAUCGGCAAGAUCUAUCUCUCGUGGAAGAGUGGUCCAGCGGAGGUGAAGCACUGGAAGGACAUGAUGGGUAAACCUCGUAAUGCCGUGCAGCAGUGGCAUGCCCUCAAGGCCUGAUACUGUAGGUCCAGUCACAUCCACCCAGACCAUCCCAGCCCCCUGCCCUGCCCUCCCACCCUAUCGUUAUGCACAAGGCUGACUCGCUGCAGAACAUGGGUACAAAUAGCCAUCCAACGCAUCCACCCUACGCAUCCACCCUCUCCUCAUGCCUGUCCUCUCUCAGAUCCCUAAUGAGCUUCUCCUUCCUCUACUCCUCUCUGUUUAGCCGGGUCCUUUCUGAGUCUUGUUGCUUUUAAGUCAUACCUUCCUCUCAACCAUAGUUUUUUCUCCUUGGUCCACCUUUACUCUGUUUUACUCUGGAGCAGCACACUCUGCCAGCCCUAGGGUGAGCCUCAGCCACCAACAAAAACAGGUUAAAAUAGACCAUAUAAGAAUCCUGCGUAAGGAGCUGGUGAAGGGCCUGUCUUUCAGGAAACAUUAAAUCUGUGACUGUGUGACAGACUGACCGACAAGGAAUCCAGUUCCACCAUUAAUCCUGUGUCUCUCCAUCGUUCUCCUGUGUCAGUGAGGGGAGGCUACUUCUCUCCCUAAUCACUGCUCUCUCUGUCGUCAGAAGCAAUCUGGUUGGCUGUUCAUUUUUUUUUUUUUGCUUCCCACGUUGACCCUUUGGUCCAUUCCCUUCUGCAAACACACAGAGAAUAUAACAGGAAGGAUCGAUAGAGAGAGAGUUGCAAACCAAUGGUAUAGAAGAGGGAUGGACUGUCUGGAUGAUAAUGGAAUUAGACGUGACACUGUCACUCCACCCCGUUCAUCAUCUCUGAUCUCUUUCUCUCCCACCACUGUGGUGAGUCUUCCCUGGCUGGACCCCCUUGUUGUCUGUGCGUGCUGUGGGUGAUGUGCUGUAACUCCAAAUGAAUUUCUAGAUGAAAAAAGGAGAAAAUGACUGAUCAUUUACACUGGUCCAUGGGGGAAAUGUAAAAAGACGUUCCUAUUUUCUGGAGAGAAAAAAAAGAUUAAUGACAGAAAAAGAGUAAAGUCAUCAAUGUUGUGUUUUGUUUUUAAAAAGCCUAAAGAGACCAAUCAAAAUGUUCUUCCAGAGACAGUAAAUAGAAGCAAAAAGACAGCUAUUAUUCUGUCGUAUUCUCUGUGUGUGUGUGUGUGUGUGUGUGUGCGUGUGUGUGUGUGUGUGUGUGUGUGUGUGUGCGUGUGUGUGUGUGCGUGCGUGCGUGCGUGUCAGCGAAAGUUAGAGUGUGAAUGCGAGUGCAAGUGUGUGAAAGUAUUGGGCUUGCACUGCUAUCAAAUGAAUAACGACAAUGUUACUGAUAAUAAUGAUGACAAUAAUAAUCAUCAGUAUUCUACUGGAUAUGUUUGAAGACUUGGAGAGGUCACAGCAGCUAAGCAGUGACAGAGAGAGAGGGGUACAGUCUGUAGGGUGGUGCCUGCUACCUGGUGUGGAAUGGUAAGCAGAGGAGGAACUUGACAUGAACCACCAGUCUUCAUCUGAGCUGCUUUCUCUCAAUUGCAUCAUCCACUGCAGAUAACCAUAAAUAAAUGCCCCUCUCCCAACCGAGUCAGUUUUGUUUCUAAUGGAGCACUAAGCCAAUUGAUCUUGUCCCCAUCAAGGUUGGUAACGUUACCUGUUUGUCUCUCUCAGUCAUUUUGUGUAAUUCUGCCUGUCUGUUGGAACGUGUGUCUGUAACGUCAGUUGGUCUGUAAGUCAUUUAGUCAACAUCUUAUUCAUUAGUGUGCAUGUCACAGAACACAUUGUUAUAAGAAUGUUAGUAGAUAAAUGUUUAGGGUCUUAGUGGAAGGCUGUUCCAUUACUGGCCAAACCCCCUCUGCUCUGUCCUGCUCCAGAUGUUAGAUAGUUAGGGUCUUAGUGGGUCUUCAGGACCAGGGCUGUUUCAUUACAGACCAAACCCCCUCUGCUCUGUCCUGCUCCUGAUGUUAGAUAGUUGGGUGUUAAUGGGUCUUCAGGACCACGGCUGUUACAGACCAAACCCCCUCUGUUCUGUCCUGCUCCUAAUGUUAGAUAGUUGGGUGUUAGUGGGUCUUCAGGACCACAGCUGUUACGGACCAAACCCCCUCUGUCCUGUUCUGUCCUGCUUCAGGACCAGGCUGUUCCAUUACUGGCCAGACCCCCUCUGCUCUGUGCUGCUCCUGAUGUCAUCCUGGAGUGACCUGUUCCAAGAUUAAGUUUCUCUCUCAUCACACAGUGGGCUGAAGGAUAGCUACAAGAGUAAUAAUAUCAACUAAACCUAUUUUCUGUUUACAUUUGACUGUUUAUUUGUGUUUACUGAAUGUGUGUGUGUGUGUGUGUGUGUGUUUGCAAUGUGUGUAUGAGUGUGUCAACAUCUGACUGUUUGUGUUUACCGUGUAUGUAUGUGUGCUUGGUGUUCACUUUUGCCAUUUUCAUUUUCUUAAUAUGGAAUCUGUUUUUUGGCUGUUUUUAUUCUGUAUAAAGUAAUUUAGAUGUUCAGUUAAUUAUUCAUGUUGUCGCUGAUCGCUAAGGAGGAGACGCUAAUGAUUACUGGGAUGUUGGAACGUGACAAAGGGCAUGUGUCUACUUUCUAUUUGUUGGGGUUUUAUGGGUUGGUUGGGGAGGGGGCCAUAGACAUUCGAGAAUCUGAGUGAAGAGAGAAACAAAGAGAAGAGAGAGAGGGGAGCUCAUUACAUCUGACAAUACCACAUACAGCAUAUUCUAUUCUAGCCCUCUUCUGUUGGGCAGAGGGACCGUUCACUCAGGCCUGUGUGCAUCAGGGGCCUUGUGUUCUGGUUUACCAUUUAAUAGGUGGCUUACAGAACCACAACAUGCUGUCCCUCCGCUCUAGGUCUGGCCCAACACACUGUCCCUCCGCUCUAGGUCUGGCCCAAAACGUUGUCCCUCCGCUCUAGGUCUGGCCCAACACGCUGUCCCUCCCCUCUAGGUCUGGCACAACACGCUGUCCCUCCGCUCUAGGUCUGGCCCAACACGCUGUCCCUCCCCUCUAGGUCUGGCCCAAAAUGUUGUCCCUCCGCUCUAGGUCUGGCCCAACACACUGUCCCUCCCCUCUAGGUCUGGCCCAAAACGUUGUCCCUCCGCUCUAGGUCUGGCCCAACACGCUGUCCCUCCGCUCUAGGUCUGGCCCAACACGCUGUCCCUCCCCUCUAGGUCUGGCCCAAAACGUUGUCCCUCCGCUCUAGGUCUGGCCCAACACACUGUCCCUCCCCUCUAGGUCUGGCCCAACACACUGUCCCUCCGCUCUAGGUCUGGCCCAACACACUGUCCCUUCCCUCUACGUCUGGCCCAACACGCUGUCCCUCCGCUCUAGGUCUGGCCCAACACACUGUCCCUCCCCUCUAGGUCUGGCCCAACACGUCCCUCCGCUCUAGGUCUGGCCCAACACACUGUCCCUCCCCUCUAGGUCUGGCCCAACACGCUGUCCCUCCCCUCUAGGUCUGGCCCAACACGCUGUCCCUCCGCUCUAGGUCUGGCUCAACACGCUGUCCCUCCGCUCUAGGUCUGGCCCAACACGCUGUCCCUCCGCUCUAGGUCUGGCACAACACGCUGUCCCUCCGCUCUAGGUCUGGCCCAACACGCUGUCCCUCCGCUCUAGGUCUGGCCCAACACGCUGUCCCUCUAGGUCUGGCCCAACACGCUGUCCCUCCGCUCUAGGUCUGGCCCAACACGCUGUCCCUCCGCUCUAGGUCUGGCCCAACACGCUGUCCCUCCCCUCUAGGUUUGGCCCAACACGCUGUCCCUCCGCUCUAGGUCUGGCCCAACACGCUGUCCCUCCGCUCUAGGUCUGGCCCAAUACGCGGUCCCUCCGCUCUAGGUCUGGCCCAACACGCUGUCCCUCCGCUCUAGGUCUGGCCCAACACGCUGUCCCUCCGCUCUAGGUCUGGCCCAACACACUGAGACUAAGACAGACGAGGUCUCCAUACGUCAGUGCUGACGUACUUCAAAACCCCACUGUGACACACAUGCUUUUUGGCACAAGGUGCUCUUAAACAACACCCCUCCCCCUCUCCUCCAUAUGCUCUCACUCCCCAAGUGUCACAGAGAAAAGGUGAGACAGACAAUGAUCAUCACCUCAUUUGCAUCACUGCAAUCUCCAGGCAGAGCAGAACAUAGCAGAGCACCUACCUGCUCCUAAAAUAACUGGGAACAGAGUCACCGCCCUGCCUCAUACUGAGCACACAAGCAAACGAUACAUCAUUAUGUAUGCAGACGCAGCAUUAAAUUGAAAAGAUCAGCUAGAAUAGGAAACACAGAUAAAAUGGCAUGAUACAGGUGAAAAUUAAUUAUUUGUUUUACUUGAUUUCCCUGAACUGAAAAUAGGUCCAGAAGCCAGGUAUGGUCCAUUUGCCUGAGGCAUUGAGCUUGGAAUCUUAGUAGAGUCCUUCCUUGGCCCUAGAAAACCCCAGUAGCAAUUCAAAACACAGAUCUAAAUAAAUAUGAAAACUGAUCAGUGGUCACUCAGAUUGAAAUCACCCUAAAUGUCUGAUUAGUGCUCUCUACACAGAUAUUGGUGGAGAUACGAGGAGGAUUGUCCAAAAUAGGUCAGGAUUUUGUGACAUUGUAUAAAGGAUUAAUUAAAAUUGUGUAUGUAAAAAGUUUUCAUUGGGGAUGUUGAUAUCUGUAUGUCCUUGACAUCCCUUUGUCCCAUCUCUUGCUCUCUUCUGUUCUCUCUUUAGUCACACAUCUGUGGGGUGCACAAUCUUAUAUAUCAACCAUUUAUUUUUUUGAAAUCUGUACAGUGUAUAAAUAUAGAAAUGUGUACAUAAAAAUAAGAAACUUC